AAUAUUCUUCUCAAAGUUGUUGGUGCACUUCAGGUAAGGAGGACUUUUUUCCGGCAGGUUGGGGAUCGAUGGAGGCAUAUGGCAGACAGAAACAGAAUGUCUUUAGAAAACCUAAUUGCUGUGUAAUGCAAUAUAUCAACAAACACACACAUCUCAUUUACAUAGACAAACAGGGAACUUUUUUUUUCUUCUCCUUUCUUGUGAAAGUGUUCCUGAGCACUUUCACAAGUCUAAACUUCAAAAUGCAAGAUUAUUGGAAUUUUGUAAAAAAAUAAAAUAAAAUAUAUAUAUUCAUUAAAAGCACAGACUUUUAUUAAAAGUUUAUACAAAUUUAUUUGUCCUAAAGUUGAAUAAACUUAAUAAGAGUAAACUUAAAAAAAAUAAAAAUAAAAAAGCCCUGAAAUGUUUUCAAAUUUAGAUUUUUCACAGUGUAAAUAAGCAUUAACGAUGUGGCAAUGGAUGUAUUAGUGUAAAAAUGUGUUCAUGUGUGAGUCUAUUUGUGAUUGUGUCUAUAAGCAUGUUCUCACCAGAAAUGCACAUUCUUACCGGUAUUGCAGGCCUACAUUUGCUCAUAUGCAUUCACACACUUAUCAACAGACAUACUAGACAGUGCAUGGUGCACACAACACAAAAACACACACGUACACAUGGACAGAACACAGACAGGCCUGUGUAGGAUAUAAUCCCCCUGCAUGUGUGAGAUUAAUUUGAGAGGAAAACUGCCUAGAAAAGAAAGAUUCAUCUUAAUGUUUAUUUGAGUUCAACCCCAAGUUAGAGACCCCUCCUAGGGCUCCAAAUGAACCUGGUUUCUCUUAAAUAAACACACACAUACAGAUCAAGGGGUGUUUGUGUUUCCUAAACCAAACUCCACAUUUUUGGAACAGGUAUCCCCCCACCUCCCCAAAAAGCUUGAACAGACACCUUACGGAGAUGGAUAUGAGGGCGGCGUCUCUAAACUUAAGAGUGUGUAUCUGCAAAUAUAUGUGUGUUGAUAACCUGAGCAUUUCUCUCUCUGUGAAUCAGUCUGUCUCUGGUUGUCGAGUUGAUCAUUAGGACUCAACGUUGCAUUACAGAAUGACAUUGCUGGGGUUUGUGAUGCUACUAUGCAUCCUGGGAGCUCAAGCUACCGUGGAUCUGAGAAAUGCUGCUGCCAUGGCUGCAGGCUUGUGUAACACCAAGCCCACAGACGUGGUGUUCAUCGUUGAUAGCUCUCGAAGUGUCCGUCCUGCUGAGUUUGAGCAGGUCAAGGUCUUCCUGACCAAGGUUAUUGAUGGUCUCAGCGUUGGGGCUGAUGCUACUCGUGUGGGUGUUGUGAACUAUGCCAGUCGGGUGAAGAACGAGAUCUCUCUGAAGUCCCACAAAACCAAGGCAGGACUGGUCAAGGCUGUGUCCAAGAUUGAGCCACUGUCCACGGGUACUAUGACUGGCCUAGCCAUCCAGUUUGCUAUGAACGUGGCCUUCAGUGAAGCAGAGGGAGCACGCAAAUCCCCUGGCAUCAGCAAGGUGGCAAUCAUCGUGACCGAUGGCCGGCCGCAGGACAACGUACGUGACAUUGCAGCAAGGGCACGGGAGUCUGGCAUUGAGCUAUUUGCCAUAGGAGUGGGUCGUGUGGACAUGACCACGCUCAGGCAGAUGGCCAGCGAGCCUCUUGAUGAUCAUGUAGACUACGUAGAGAGUUACAGCCUCAUUGAGAAGCUCACCAAGAAGUUCCAGGAAGCCUUCUGUGCGAUUGUGUCGGACCUAUGCGCAUCCGGCGAUCAUGACUGUGAGCACAUUUGCAUCAGCACACCAGGAUCUUUCAAGUGCGCCUGCAGAGAGGGCCACACACUCAUGGAGGACGGCCGAUCAUGCAGCGCUUGCAGUAAUGCAGCCAUAGAUGUGGUCUUCGUGAUUGAUGGCUCUAAAAGCGUGAGACCAGAGAACUUUGAGCUGGUGAAGAAAUGGAUCAACCUGAUCGUAGACAAGUUGGACGUGUCAGAGACUAAUGCCCAUGUGGGACUGGUGCAGUAUUCCAGCACCGUGAGGCAGGAGUUUCCUCUGGGACGCUACAAUAACAAAAAGGAACUGAAAGAAGCUGUAAAAAGGAUGGCCUAUAUGGAGAGGGGAACCAUGACUGGCCAUGCCCUCAAUUUUAUGUCAGAAAACAGCUUUGGUCCUAACCAGGGUGCCAGACCUGGAGUGACAAAGGUCGGUAUUGUCUUCACUGAUGGCAGGUCACAAGACUACAUUGGAGAUGCAGCCAGGAAGGCCAAAGAGAAUGGAUUUAAGAUGUAUGCUGUUGGAGUUGGAAAUGCUGUUGAGGAUGAGCUGAGAGAGAUCGCCUCUGAACCUGUCGCUGAUCAUUACUUCUACACCGCUGAUUUCAAGACCAUGAACCAAAUUGCCAAGAAGCUGCAAAUCAAUGUUUGUCAAGAGGAGGAUCCCUGUGAAUGUAAUUCCGUUAUCAAGUUCCAGAAAAAAGUGGAGGAGGCCCUAACGGUACUAACAAAGAAAUUGGAAGCUGUGACGAAACGUAUCACUGCCCUGGAGAACAAGAUUGUUUGAGAAGACACCAGCAUCUAAUUCUUACCCUUUCUCCUUUUGUAAAGUUGCCUCCUGUGACCUCUGACCCCUAUUCUUAUGUUCCAUUCCUCCACUCCAUUUCUUUCUGCUCUCUUGGCCUUCAUCACUAUCAUUCAUGAGGGUGGUGCACUGAUUGUCAUGGUGACCAUGGUUUACCUGUCUACACUUGAUCUGAAUUAUGGUCACCCCAAAAAGGAAGGUGUUGGUUUGCAAACAGCCAACCCCCCUAACAAGACACUGUGUGCAUUACCAUAGUCCCCCAUCAGUAGCCAGUGUGAAAUCUGUAUACUUGAGCAAAACUCUUC